AUGCCGUCAUUAAUACGUAUAUUUGUUGAUUUUAUACUGCAAAUUUUAGGUGAUUUGAAUUAUGCAUCAGAUAUAACAGAAAAUUUAAUAGCAUUAAUUGAUAUAACUGGUAUGAUUUAUAUGUUUUUAUGUUUUAAUGGUAAACAAAUUGAAAUGCAUAACAUCGUUAUACAAUUACAUCAAUUCCAAAUUUAUGGUGAUCGUCAAUUUGUAGUGGAUACAGAACGUAAAGCCGCUUUACUUACGAAAAUAUUUUUUAUAUACGGCGUUUUAGGCAAUGUAGCAUACGCUGUCCUACCCUUAUACCAAAUGGACUCAUGUAUGGAACGUGUUGCCAUAUUAAAAUCAGCAAAUAAAACAACAAAUGGUAUUCAUUGUGGUAUAAUAACACGUGCACGUUAUCCUAAAUUUGAGCAUGCUGACGUUACACCAUGGUUUGAAUUGAAAGCAUUUGAACAGUUUUUUGUAUGUUUACUGGUAUCAACGAAUGUAUUAAUGAUAACAAUGUUUUUAUGCUCAAUAUUAAUGCAUAUUGUACAAGAAAUAAAGAAUUUUAAAUUAUUAUUACGAAAUACGUUAACUGAAUCAAAUGCACCAAAUAUUCAUGCCCAAUUAAUGCAUUGUAUUCGAUAUCAUAUUGAUAUUAUUCAGUUCAUAAAUUUGGUGAAUGAUGCAUUCAGUAAAAUAAUGAUUGUGCAUUUAACAUUAACGUCGGGUGUCAUUAGCGUAUUAGGAUUUGAAGUGUUAAUGGUUGAAGCUAGUGGAGAUAAAUUACGAUUUUCUGCUCAUCUUUUUGGAUGGAUCUUAUUAUUAUAUUUAGUCUCAUUUUUUGGUCAAAUGCUUAUAAAUGAGAGUCUAAGUGUCGCUGAUUGUUUAUACGAUACAAAUUGGUAUGAAUGUCCCCUUAAAGUACGUAAGGAUAUCUUAUUCAUGUUAAUGCGAUCACAAAAAGCAUUUAAAAUUAAUGCUGCAUCACUUGGUUCAAUGUCAUUGGAAUCAUUUUUAAAAGUAAUGAGUACAGCUUACUCAUAUUUUACUCUUCUUUUAAAAAUGAAAUAA